UGUUUGUUCACUCCGGACUUCUACUCCGGGUUUUCUCUUCAUCGAGCAACGACCGUUGCGCCGCUUUCCCAAAUAGGUAUUUUUGAUAUCUGCUGGUGAGAAGAUUUAACAACAGUUUUCAGCACGGACCCUUUCAACGCGGUCAAUGCAUCUCCAAAUACACAUGUUUCGAACAGCGAGAUAACAACUCUCGUGGUAUGACAUACAGGAGACAUCGGUUGCAGGACCAUGGCGGUGCCGACGAUUCUCGCAACAGAAGCGACGGCGCUUGACUCUUCCAAGAAGCGGAAACUGCAGGACGGUAUCGAUCUGAGCAGCGGCGACGGUACCGCCACUCACACAGCCAUCAUCGUUGAACCAGAAUUGGCGCAUCACCACGGACACGUCUGUGAUGGUAAUCACGACCAUGACCACCACUACCACGGCGAUGACGAUGAUGGCGAAGACUACGAAGACGACGAGAGCGAAGGCGACAUCAUGGAGCAAAUCAUGGACCAGCUGGAAGUGGACCCCUAUGUUCCAGACGAGUCCUUCGGCGUGACCAAAGAAGCCAUCAGCCGCGUGCACGCGCGCCUCCGCGAAGUCGGCAUCGAGCAAUUCUUCCAGGAGAACCUCAGCAACGAUCCCGCCAGCGCGCGGCGACUCGGGCCGAUAUUUGGCCUGGAUCCGGAAUUGGAGAUCGAUGAUGGUUUCUACCUGCGCGUGCUCAGCGCGGCGAUCGUGCGGGCCUACCACAAACGCCAGAAGUUGUAUCAGUACAAUACCAUCGACGACGCGGCGAGGCUGUUGACGACAUGCAGCAAAAUCAUGGUCAUCACGGGAGCUGGAAUCUCGACGUCGUUGGGGAUCCCCGAUUUCCGGUCAAAGGGUACUGGCUUCUAUGAUAAAGUCCGACAGAUGGGAUUCGAUGAGCCAGAAGACGUCUUUGACAUUGACUAUUUCGAGGAGAGACCUGAAGUCUUCUACAGCUUGGCCGGCGACAUCCUCCCGGACCAACAACGCUUCUCGCCUACACACGCCUUCAUCCGCCUUCUGCAAGACAAGGGCCGCCUGCAGACCAAUUACACCCAGAACAUCGACAACCUCGAAGCCGCCGCCGGAAUCGAUGAGGACCGCAUCAUCCAAUGCCACGGAAGUUUCGCCACAGCGACCUGUCGGAAAUGCGGCCACAGAGUCAAAGGCGUCGAAAUCUACCCGGACAUCCGCGCCAAGCGCAUCCCGAAAUGCGAGAAAUGCAUCGCUCGCAUGGCCUCGGAAGACUCCGCCGCCGAUACUCGUCCGCCGAAACGCAGUAAGCCCUCCAACAAAUGGGAAGGUGACGACGAUGACGAUCAAAACGACGACAUCCCCCAACCGGGCAUCAUGAAACCCGACAUCACCUUCUUCGGCGAGCAGCUCCCGAACACCUUCUUCGACCGGCUCACCAACACCGACGCCGAACACACCGACCUGGUGAUCGUCAUCGGGACGUCCCUCAAGGUCGCCCCCGUCAGCGAGAUGCCCAACUACAUCCCGCACACCGUCCCACAUAUUUACAUCUCCCUCGAGCCCAUCCGCCACGUCGAAUUCGACAUCCAGCUCCUCGGCAGCUGCGACGUCGUGGUGCAGGAACUCUGCCGUCGCGCGGGCUGGGAUCUGACGCACGAGAUGAUCCCGGAGAACGCGCCGAGUCCGAAGGUCCUGCAGGUGCCCGGUCGUCCGCAUAUUUGGGCCAUCGAGGCGGAGGGUGGCGAUUCCGUGGGCGCGGCGGCGGCGGUGGCGGCGACGGAGCAGAGGAACGGAGCAGGCGAUGCACCGUCCAAUACAGCGGCGGCGGAACUCGUGGCUCAGACGUCGACCGUGCAGGACGCGACGCCGGGCACCGAGGAGAAAAUCCUUCUCGCAUCUCGUCCGGUCACGUCGGAGAAGUAGAAUUCCUCGGGCGGCAGCUUUCGGAUGUGGUUGAAGAAGGCUGGAGUCCGCGCUUAUGUCUGAGCAUUGUUGUUAUUCUAAUGAGGAUGGAGGGAGUCCCCUGCGCAUUAGCCAACGUGGGGUUGAUUUGUUGGAGUUUGCUUUUUCUGUGUUGAUUAUGCCAUCGGAGUUCUGCUGCUUGCGACAGCAUCCUUGUGUGAGCGAAUCGCUGCGGCGCCUCGGGAAGCGGUGAUUUGGGUCCGUAGAUCUAAUGCAUCGUCGGUGAUGGCACAGUGUUCGCGAGAUCGAUCUCGGAAUCGAGGUUCAUCCAGUCACUUCGCCGACCGCUCUCUCCUGAUGACUAACAUCUGUAUCUCUCCUCGUUCGCGAGAACAUACACCCAUCUCCCCAAUUCACCGCCAUCCUCCCACCCGUGCCUCGUCCCACCUCGCCUUCCUCUCCUGCCUCAGAAACGCCAACUUCUUGACCUCCUUCACCCUCCUCACAAGUUCCGC